AUGUUCCGAAACUCCACCGAUUAUGGCUCGCCCACCACCUCCCCCUUCCGCGAGAACACCGGCCACAAUGUAACUCCACCGGCCAAUUACCCCGUCCACAAGUAUCCAAAGUACUCCACCUACAGGGCUUGUCCGCCCCGUUUCGCGUACAGCCAUAUGUUCCGCGGCUGCAACAGGCUCAUUGACUUUCGACUUCCGGCCGUGGUGCGAAACCCACCCAUGCCCCGCUACUGGCGCCGCGGCCAUGUCCCAACGGUCCAUACAGCAACCUGGGAUCCGCGCAUGCGGUUAACUGCAUAUGAAAUGCUGCUAAGGUGGAUCCGCACGAGACCGAUCGACCAGGAGAAGGGGAUUCUUCAUUGGCUGUGGGAGGCAAAGAAGGACGGCGUUGAGCCGGGAAUCGUCGAGUUUGAUUGGGUUACAAAUGCUAGCUCCGGCCCGAAUUGGGGAGAGCUUAAACAGUGGCUGGUGGAACAGAUUGCGGUGGAGAAGGAGCAUGUUAAGAUGCAGGAUUUUGUGUUCGACGAGAACUCGAGCCUGGGGGAGUCGUCGGACGGAUCGCAAUGCUCUUCGAUGGAGGGUGUUGUCAUAGAUAAAGAGGUGAAUCCAAUUUUGACGGAUCAAAUCAACGAUGUUAAUGAGCUUGACGAGCUUGACUGGAAAGAGUUUUCUGUUUACACACAGAAAAGGACGGGUGUUGGAUGUGAUCUUGAAUUGAAGGCACGUCUCGAUCGAGUAGCUCAGUGCAACUUUUCUGAUGAUGGGAGUGAAUCUGAUCAGAGCGAAUCUGAUGAUGAUUCUACCGAUCAAAGAUUUCCAAGUGAGUGA